AUGGCCGAAUCACCAUUGGGUGGCGGUCACCAGUAUCACUCGCACGAAGCGGGGUCUCCUAUCAACUGCCCUAGUGGGUGUAAGCUCCGACACAAGCCUGGGACAGACCUCAAUCAGGCGUCUUGCGACUGCGAAGAGGGCUACUACGACAGGGAGCAGCGAGUCUUCUAUACUGGCAGCGAGGUUCGCGACAAAAAGUCUCGCGAAACACGUCAACAAUAUCUGGAGCGCAUUGAGGGAACUGAUGCAGACCCCAAGAAGAACAAUCAGGGCGAUUACUUUCUACCAGGAGAUGGAAUAAGAUACGAGGUUCUAAGAAGUAUGAAGGAGGAAAUAUUUGGUGAAAGAGCUCAAAUAUGGAAGCACGAGCUAAAUGGCCAGCCAGGCUGGUUAAUUCGAGCCGACAGACGAGGGCAUUAUGCCUGGCCGCUAACAUCAUCACAAGACCAUCAUUGGACGCCUCCAGCAGCAAAGUCAGAGUCAGGACACUCCAGAUCGAGUGAGACGACCUCCAGAUCCACGGCCAGCCAUCUCAGCAGCUGGACCGUCUGGGACCAGGCCGACCUCCGGUUACCCUGCCGCCCUGACGACUACAAGGUACGGAACGCCAUCAGCGCAGCGGGUCCAUCGUACACCCAAGUUGACGAGACCUUCGACUUAGCUGGCAUCGGAUCAGUCUUUCCUGCGAACCCUCAAGGGAACCUGCACGCUCCCGGUAUGACGCCUCAAUCCAACGCUCCAAGCUCUGAGGCUCGAUCUCAUGCCAUCUCCCGUCAGUCAACGGCCCAACCUGGGCAAGACUGGCAGGCCGAGGCUCAAGACAUCCAAGACUUCAGUCAAAGGCUGGACGACGAUAUAAAGGUGCUGCAACUUCUCUUGCAGGCGAUGUUGUUAAGCAACCUUCCGCAGCAGGAGAGUGAGCAGGAAUUUGCUCGAAGGUACUCAGAGCAAGACUACACACCUUGCGAGUAUCACCAACGCGCUAUCUGGAACACGCAGAUGGAGAUUGCGAAUGCAGCACGCGCAUGCCACGUGCAACAUCGACAGCCACCUUGCCAGAUACACAGACUUCCUCCCAUCAUCUUCAUCGAUGCCCAGAACAAGAUUUCACACUUCCACAUCGAGAAUAUCACCACUUCUCCAGCACUCAAGAAUUCCUUGGAGUGCCAGUUCCCCGAUGUUGGCCUCGUCAAAGUCAAGAGGGGCGAGUUUGCGAUUCGCCGUAGAGGAGAGCUAAUGGACGUUGAUAUGAGUUCACCCUUCCACGAAUGGUUCGUGCCUGGAGGUGAAUACAACAUGAGCUUUGUCUUCGAUGCAGAAGAAGAGCGCACGGCUACUUGCCCCUCGUGCCACGCACGCUCGGAUGCGGCUCCGGGAGAUGAAACCCAAUGGUAA